AGCACACGCACAAACUCCUGGACUGUGUUGCUGCUGGCUGCUUGCGUCUCAUAAGUGAGCUCUGUUGCAUCGGCCCAGGGUAAGUAUCACCCUGUGUUUUGCUUCCAACCAUCCCCCAGCCCUGGUAAUUCUCGGAGACAUCGCGGUGUGAGCAGCAGUGCAUACCGUGGUGUAUCGUCGCGCAAGUUGCAGUGCGGAAAUAGGAUGAGCGCAGCUUCGGCAAGAACGGGCACCGACAACACCAGGGUGGCCACCUAUGGGGGAGGCCCCUCCCUCACAGACGCCUAUCUUCUGCUGUACAAUGGAGCCUGCGCGGUGGGGUGGAACCUGACCCUCUACAAGAUCGGCGGCGCGAUCCUGGAGGGCGGCGACGUGAGGGACGCCGUGGAGGCGACGCACGACUACGUCGCCGCGCUGCAGCUGGUGUCCACGCUCGAGCUCGUCCACGCCUUCGUAGGUCUGGUCAAGAGCAACCCGAUGAACGUGUUCAUGCAGGUGUUUGGAAGAGAUCUAGCACUGUUCUCGGUGGUGACGGCCUUCCCGCCGGUACGAGACAGCCCGUGGGUGCUCCUCAUGUUCACGGCCUGGGCAACGUCCGAGGUCAUCAGAUAUCCAUUUUAUGCCUUGAACAUCGCGGGCAUGUGCCCCCCGGUGUUGCAAUGGCUCCGGUACUCGGCUUUCGUCCUCCUCUACCCCUUGGGCUUCGCCGGCGAGCUGGGGACGUGGAUCGUUGGCCUGCCGCACAUCAAGGCGGUGGGACUGCCGGGUGUGCCGGGGCUCCCGGAGGGGUCCAGCAUCUACGUCCUCUACGCCUACAUCGUUUUCGCGUUCGCAAUAGGCGCGCCCAAGCUGUACAUGCACAUGCUCCGCCAGCGCAAGAAGCAGCUGCAAGGAGGCGGAAAAGUCAAGGCUUCGUGAUCUUGCCCUGGAAUUCCGGGCCUACGUUUUCACGCUUUAGACUUUACUUUAGAGAGCUCGGCUUGAGGGACACUUGCGGCCGUGCCGGUCCCAUUGGCGGCACUCGCUGCUGUCCAAAGCAAACUGUUGCUUGACAUUUGGCAAGAGAUCGAGGGCAUGUUUUCGGUCGGGGGGAGCUUUCACACGGGCUCUUCAGGGAGACUCGAGUCCUUGUCAGCUAUCAUGCAAAAGGCGUAUCGGAGGAACCCAAAGACGGCCUGGCGAUACAUGAGGUUGAAGGAGGUGGUGGCCCCAGGUCCAGAAGGGUCGGGUAUGGUCCGGGGAGUGACGGAGGAGCAAUACCGGGAGCUGAACGGAUUUGCCUUGAGCGAGCAAACCCGGUCGCUGGCAGCGCUUAGCAGUCGACCCUUGUUGGAACAGCUGGUGGAGACAUGAAUGUAUGAAAUUCCUCAAACGAAAUUCCUCAAACCUUUAAUUUUUGUGAGUAUAGGAUUGUUCAAGCCCUAGGAAGAUUGUAUCAAGCGCAGGACUAGGAAGUGCGGGAGGAAGUGAAUACCGGGCCGUGGGAGGUGAUGCCACUGUUCGAUCCCAUACUUGUCUGAGGAAAGAAUCGACGUGAAAUUACUUAUGUAGGCACGAGAUGAA